AUGCUGGGACCUACACGCCGCACCGCCUGCGCAGCCGCAAGCGCACCCGCACACUGCCGUGCCCUCGCCACCGAGCACAGCCCGCCCACCCGCUUCUCGUCCGCGACCGUCUUCCACAACGAGCCCGCAAGCCCAAAGAUCCUCUCCGACUCGGUCCCAGGCCCCGUCUCUCGCAAAGCCUCGCAGGUCAUCGGACAGUUUCAAGACCCGCGCGCUCACGUUCUCGUCGCCGACUACGCCAAGUCCAACGGCAACUACCUCGUCGACGUCGACGGUAACCAGCACCUCGAUGUGUUUGCGCAAAUCGCCAGCAUCGCCAUCGGCUACAACCACCCGACCCUCAUCGAGCUUGCCAAGACGGACGAGUUCGCGAUCGCCUCGAUGAACCGCCCUGCAUUGGGCUCGUUCCCGGGCGCCGACUGGGCCGAGACGAUCCAGAAGGGCCUCCUCACGGUCGCGCCCAAAGGCGUCCCUCACCUCUUUACCCAGAUGGACGGCUCGGGCGCCAACGAGGGCGCGCUCAAGGCCGCCUUCAUGGCCUACCGCGCUCGUGAGCGCAAGGAGGCCGGCAUCGACGACUUUUCGGCCGAGGAGGCGAGUCUCUCCUCCUCCUCCUUCGCGUCUCUCACGCCUUCGUCGCCUUCUCAACACAACAACGUCCUGACUCGUCUCUCUUCGUCGACGCAGAUGGCGUCGUGCAUGAACAACGCGAGCCCGGGCAGCCCCGAGCUCGUUGCCAUGAGCUUCAAGUCGGGCUUCCACGGCCGGCUGUUCGGCAGCCUGUCGCUCACGCGCAGCAAGGCCAUCCACAAGCUCGACAUCCCGGCCUUUGACUGGCCCGCCGUGUCGUGGCCCUCGAUCAAGUACCCUCUCGACGAGUACGCGUCCGAGAACGCGGAGGCCGAGGCGCGCACGAUCGCUCGCGUCGAGGAGACGAUCGUCGAGUGGGCGAAGAAGGGCAAGAAGGUGGCGGCCCUCAUCGUCGAGCCGGAGCACGGCGUGUACCUCAUCGUCGACGAGGUCCAGACGGGCGUCGGCGCGACGGGCUCGUUCUGGGCGCACGAGAAGUGGCAGCUCGACCACCCGCCCGACUUUGUCACAUUCUCGAAGAAGAUGCAGGCCGCCGGGUACUACCACGCCGAGUCGACCCGGCCGUCGCUCCCGUACCGCAACUACAACACGUGGAUGGGCUCUCCCGCCAUUGCCAUGCAGGCGCGCGAGAUCAUCUCGUUCAUCAAGUCGCACGGCCUCGUGCAGCACACGGCCGUCAUCGGCGACGAGCUCUUCUCGCACCUCGGCGCCCUCUCGCGCCGGUUCCCGGGCAUGAUCAACAACCUGCGCGGCAAGGACCACGGCACGUUCAUCGCGUGGGACGCAGAGUCGCCGCAGGCGAGGGACAAGUUCGUCGCGGCCAUGCGGCACGAGGGCGUCGUCAUGGGUGGGUGCGGCGAGCGGGCCAUCCGCCUGCGCCCGAUGCUCAUCUUUGGCGACAAGCAGGUGGAGGUCUUGCUCGAGAAGAUGGAGAGCGUCCUCAAGUCGCUCGAGGGCAAGUGA